UGCAGGUGACAUCAGACAGACACACACCUCCAGCUGAGCGUUAACGGGGUCAGUGUACUCUAACAAUCUGCAACUGACCGGUCAAUGGGCGGAACUGACCGAGCAACUGCUUCCGGUUUUGUUUCCGCAAAAACAUGGCUGAUGGUGGUGGAUGGCUAAAGUUGACUGUGUGGUUGUUAGCAGUUCUUGUAACGAUGUGCAAAGCAAGUAGCCCCAAAACAUCAACGGUGGCUGCAAUACUGUCAACACAUGCGGGCACUAGAGAUGCCAGCGGCACUCUCACAGUGACUAUUUACGAAAACACCUCAAUCCGACUCAUUGGCACUAACUUCACCAAUUCCACAGAGAUUUCAUUCACAACAGAAAAACUGCUUCCUACAGAUGAAGGGUCCACGUGUGAAAGCUCUAAAAAGACGAAGUCUUUCAGUGUCAGUAGAUUGAUAUCGGAUACAGUUGUAGAAUUCAAUAUUUCGUUAGAAGACGUAAAUAUUGCUCGGAAUGAAAAGUAUUACUACUUGUGUUUGAAAGAACAAUCGCAGUGGACUAAACAGGGCAAUGAUCCCUGGUUGCGGGUGGCAGUCUUACCGAAGGAGGAAAAAGUUUUCCUACUACCGUUAUGGCUCCAGAUAAUUUGCUUAACUGUUUUAUUGUGUCUCUCUGGUCUUUUCAGUGGACUCAAUCUUGGAUUGAUGGCUUUGGAUAAAACUGAACUUAAAAUUAUUGAAAAGUGUGGUUCUCCAAGUGAGAAAAAAUAUGCCCGUGUGAUUGUUCCACUGAGGAAACGAGGUAAUUUCUUGUUGUGUACAUUGUUGUUAGGUAACGUGCUCGUGAACAACACCUUGACAAUUCUUAUGGAUGAUCUCUCCAAUGGACUUAUUGCUGUCAUUAUGUCCACUAUUGCAAUUGUCAUUUUUGGAGAAAUCAUUCCACAGGCAAUUUGUUCAAGACAUGGACUGGCAAUUGGUGCAAGGACUAGAUGGAUCACAUUGUUUUUCAUGCUAGUAACGUUUCCAUUAUCAUUCCCUAUCAGUCUUCUGCUUGAUAAAAUUCUUGGUGAGGAAAUUGGUCAGGUGUACAACAAAGAAAAAUUACAAGAGUUAAUACGAAUGACUGCUGAUUCCAAAGUUAUUCAAAAUGAGGAAGCAAAUAUCAUUGCAGGAGCAUUACAACUUUCCAACAAAAAGGUGGAAGAUGUGAUGACUAAAAUUGAAGAUGUGUACAUGCUGGAUAUCAACACAGUUUUGGAUUUUGACACAAUGUCUGAAAUCAUGAACCAUGGUUACACAAGAAUACCUGUUUAUGAUGGAGAGAAAAGUCACAUUGUGAACCUGCUUAACACAAAGGAUUUGACUUUAAUUGAUCCUGAUGACAAGACUCCCCUGGGAACUGUGUGUAAAUUCUACGAUCAUCGUCCCUUGUGUGUUGACAGUGACAUCAAACUGGACUCCAUGUUGCAAGACUUUCUCCAAGGAAACUCCCAUAUGGCCAUUGUUCAGUACCUACGCAAUGAGGGGGAUGUGGACCCUUGGUAUCAGAUUCUGGGCGUCGUGACCUUGGAGGACGUCAUUGAGGAGAUCAUCCAGUCUGAGAUCAUUGAUGAGACUGACAUUCUCACUGACAACCGUAAGAAGAAACCUCGGCGCCGCGAGAAGCAGGACUACAGUGUAUUCAGCGGACCAGAGGAGGAGAACUACACCAAACUCUCCCCCCAGUUGGCGCUGGCAGCCUUCCAGUUUCUGUGGACCAGUGUGGAGCCUUUCUCUGAAGACAACCUGACUCGCAACGUUCUCAAACGCCUCCUCCAACAGAACAUUGUCGUUAACCUUACCUUCACAGAAGAUGACAGUGAGAAGAACUAUUUAUACAGGGCUGGGAUCGAGUGCGACUACUUCAUCCUCAUCCUUCAAGGCCAUGCUGAUGUGUACGUCGGGAAGGAGAACGUGGCAUUUGAAGCGGGACCAUUCAGCUACUUUGGCACCGGAGCUCUCACUUUUAAGGAGAAACAACUGGCACCGCCUGGCCAGGACAGUGUUGACUACAAGAAGGAGCCAUACACGCCCGACUUCACCAUCAAGGCCAAGACCUUUGUGCAGUUCCUGCGCAUCCGACGCAAUCACUACAUCGCUGCCAGACACACAUCGAUGAUGGUGCGCAAGCAGCAAGAGUACAACCAGAAUGAAGAAGAGCACUUCAAGAAGGAAUGGCACAAGGCACUCAAUUCCUCGCAAAUGAGUCGCAACAACAGCAGCAUGACCUUCAGUGAUAUCCUGGACAAGAAGGACUCUGUUGAGGGCCUCCAUCAUAAGGCCACGACCCCAGACAUGCCCACCGUUGAGAUCAAGAAUGCCUCUAGCAACGAAGCAGAGAAGAAGGCUUCAAAAGCUCAACUUGAGGAUUGGUCAGAGGAUGCGACUAAGUUGGAUGAUGUCAUGUUGAAGAAAGUCGGAGAAGGAGAUAGGAAUGCAGAUGGAGAUUCUGUUAAAGAGGAGACAACUCCAGCUGACUUUGAUGAAGAGAAGACUCCACUAGUUGGACACGGAGACCAGAGGGAAGCCCAGCGUUCUCCCAAACGUUCUCCCAAGUUAUAGCAGUAGCUACACCCGACAGGGGCAGAUAACUCUUACAGUAUUUAUUUGAUUAAACACCAUUUGGAAGUGGACAGUACCAAGCACUGUAGAACACCAACAGGGCUCUAGUCUUUCAAUGCUGAAGCACUGUAGAAAUGCAGCUCUAUACCAGUAGAAUAUAUUUCAUCAUUGUUGUUACGGUUUCGAUUGCUGAUUAAUGAAUGAAGGUUCUCUACUCACAGGGCAACAUUUCUCACGUCUUGCUAAAACAUUACUGAAAUAAUUUCCACCCCAACCCAAUAACAGCCCCACCGAAAGUGGCUUACCCACUUUAUGACUAAACCAAAACAGAACCUAUUCCACUUCGGACUUGUUUACCAUGAACUUAAUAUGGACCCCACCACUACUCCAUGCCCACCUUAUCAUCACUCUACCUUCCUAAAGAUGGCUGUUUGACAACUACAACUAUAUUAGACCCACCUCCAACCCAACCCUGUAAUGACUGCAAUACUUAACCACUAAACUAAAAUGGACCAAUCCACAACCCUCAUUCUCUUGUCCUAGUUUCCGAGGUACUGUUUUGUUCAGUGAAGAAUCAUUGUGUACUAUUACAGGACUAGGACCAUGUUGGAUAACUUACGAUGUGUGAUGAAUAUUCAGACCAUUGUUAAAGGGUAGAAACAAUCAUGUGAUUUAAAUGUUCAAAUAAGCACCCCUCCCUUAGUGUAUUGCAGUAGUGUCUCCCUUGGCAUCUGAUUGGCUGAAAAUUCCAGAGCACCAACAGUCUAUGCCACUAAAAGUCUUCUAGCCCUAACAUGAGGGGCGGUGGGGUAGCCUAGUGGUUAAAGCGUUGUCUCGUCACGCCGAAGACUCGGGUUCGAAUCCCCACAUGGGUACAAUGUGUGAAGCCCAUUUCUGGUGUCCCCCGCGGUGAUGUAGCUGGAAUAUUGCUAAAAGCGGCGUAAAACCAAAACUCAGUCAGUCAGUCUAGCCCUAACAUGCCUCUCUCUACUUUUUGUUCAGUUCAAGUGUUAUGGUGUGGACAGUUAUUAGCUGAGCUAACUUGCCCAAAGAAAAUGUUUACUUGACUCUUACUUCAGACUAGUGGUUAGAGAGGCUGAGUGCACUAAUAAUGUUUAGUCAUUGGAAGAACAGUUUGCAUUUCUACUAGGCUUCAGUAAGUUCUGUAUGUAGAACAGUUUUAUAGGUUUUGGUAAAGAUUGUGCUGAUACACAUCAACUAUCGUAUACCACGCUUGACUGUUUGAUAUUGCUAAUAUUUAGCCUUGCUUUGGCACUAAUGUUUACACCAUCAUGUAUUACACGCCAAGCAGCAUUUGCUUUAGAUGUGAACAAUUUUUGAUAGUUUAUUGAGGAUAGUGGGACAGUGUGUCCUUCACUUGAACUGGGAUAGAGUUUGAUAGGACUAUCCAUAAUGAUCGGAGAGCAUGAGUCCACAACAGAUUAAUGAUUUGUUCACGGAACUGACUUCUACAUUUUAAACAUUGUGGGGUAUUUCAUGGAGAUUGUUCCAUCAAGGACAGGUUACAUCCUGAUAAAUUGAUAAAGUUACACCUGUCUAUAGGCUAAUAGAAAAUUGUAUUACCUUAAAUACUGUUGUAAUUGUUAUUGUUUACAAAUUAUUAUCAUCACCUUAAGAUAUUUGGACAAACAUGAAGUUGAUUUGUUGUGGCCUUAUUGAGAACAAA